AUGGUCUCGCCAAGUCUUUCGUGUCGAGUCUGCAGUUCCACCUGCAGCCUCCAAACCCUUGUUCGUGACGGACUUAUCUCCAUCUCCGCUCACUCCAGCGCCCCCCAAUCCAUCUUCUUUUCUUCUUUACGAACUCGUCCUGCAUGGUCACUUUUCCCUCACCAUGCCUUGAACCGAGAAUCCCGAAAAUCCUUUCACUCCACCCCCAACCGCCGCUCCGCUCCUCCCCCCUCCCGCAUCUCCUAUCGGGUUGCCGUGUCGUCGUCCGGUAAAGGACGCCGCUUCCACCCCCUCAAAAAUGCUUAUAAUUUCGACCCCAGCGUUUCAGACGCCAUAGGAGUCUCCACAGACAAAAACCAGGCAAUCCGGCGACGAAGCCGUCCGGACAGCGGGGAGGAUGCUUUCUUUGUGAGCCGCAUCGGCACUCACCGACAAGGUGAACAAGGUCCGGAUGAGGCGGAGGCAGUAGCUUUCGCUGUCGCAGAUGGUGUCGGUGGCUGGACUGAGUCUCGCGUUGACCCGGCGGAUUUUUCUCACGGCAUAUGUGGCUAUAUGGCCGACACAGCAUUGGCUUGGGACCAGACUGCGGAUAAACUGCGACCCAAGCAAUUGCUGCAGUCAGGCUAUGACCAAGUAGUCGCCGACCCACAUAUCAAAGCCGGAGGAAGUACUGCCUCAGUAGGUGUUGCCUUGCCCGAUGGACGUGUUGAGUUGGCGAACCUGGGUGAUUCAGGCUCGGUUUUGCUUCGUCUUGCUGCCGUGCACCAUUACUCUACGCCUCAAACACAUGGCUUUAACACACCCUACCAACUGAGCCUUAUCCCGGCCAAAAUGCGUGCGCAAGCCUCCACUUUUGGCGGGGCUUACCUAGAAGAUUUCCCUCGUGAUGCAUCUGUCACCAAUGUCCAAGUUCAGCAUGGCGAUGUGCUUAUUCUCGCUACAGACGGCGUCUUCGAUAAUCUCAACAACCAGGAUAUUCUCAAACUUGUGUCGAGUCGUAUGCUGUUGACGGGAGCUUGGACGGCUACCGCGGACUAUGGCAUUGGCGUUUCAGAUAACCUUCGUGAGCUUACAACACCGGGUGGUCUUGCCUCUGCAUUCCCUCCUCCGUCAGGGCCAUCGAAGGCCCAUCACGGCUCAAAGGGAAAAGACAAAGACUUGUCAUCUCACCCGGAAUCUCCACUCACCCUUCAAUCACUUCUGGCGGCUUCCAUCGCUGGUGAGGCCAAGGUUGCCAGUGUUGACUUCCGCCGUGAUGGUCCUUUCGCCAAGGAGGCUCAACGCUAUUACCCAGGCGACUAUUACCGCGGCGGCAAGGUCGAUGAUAUUUGCGCCCUUGUCCUUGUGGCCAUUGAUGAGAGCAUCGUUGGCAACGAUUCUAAGUAA